UGGGUUUCCCAUGAUGCAACUGUAACUGGGUUUGCCCUAAUGAGCCAAGAUGGCUGACUUUGGGGAGCAGCUUACUGAUGAUGAGAAGGUGCGUAUUGCUGCCAACUUCAUCAUCCACGCUCCUCCUGGAGAGUUCAACGAAGUCUUCAAUGAUGUGCGGCUACUGCUUAACAAUGACGGCAUUCUCAGGGAGGGCUCGGCACAUGCCUUUGCCCAGUACAACAUGGAUCAGUUCACUCCAGCUAAACUAGAUGGGUACGAUGACCAGGUUUUGAUCACAGAACAUGGAGAUCUUGGCAACGGGCGGUUUUUCGACCCGCGGAACCGGCUCUCGUUUAAAUUCGACCACCUGAGGAAGGAGGCGAGCGACCCCCAGCCACAUGACGGGGAGAGUGGCCUCAGGGCCUGGAGAGACGCCUGUGACAACGCCCUCAAGGCCUACGUCAAGGACCACUAUCCCAGCGGAGUCUGCACUGUCUACGGGAAAACCAUUGACGGGCAGCAGACUAUCAUUGCAUGCAUUGAAGGUCAUCAAUUUCAACCAAAAAACUUCUGGAAUGGGCGCUGCCGGUCUGAGUGGAAGUUCAGCAUUUCCCAGUCCUCGGCUCAGGUGGUGGGGGUCCUGAAGAUACAGGUCCAUUAUUACGAAGACGGAAAUGUCCAGCUGGUCAGCCACAAGGACGUGCAGGAAACGUUGGCCGUGUCUAAUGAGGCACAGACGGCCAAGAAAUUUGUCAAGAUCAUUGAGAAUGCGGAGAAUGAGUACCAGACGGCCAUCAGUGAAAACUACCAGACCAUGUCCGAUACCACCUUCAAGGCCUUACGGCGUCAACUCCCUGUCACGCGCACCAAGAUUGACUGGAACAAGAUCCUCAGCUACAAGAUUGGGAAGGAGAUGCAGAAUGCUUAGGGCUGGCCUCCUCGUCGUCGACCGAGGGGCCUGCUCAUGUUACACGGCCAAGCAAAGACAGGCUGGGACGGGGGGGUUUGGGAAGGGGGCGUAGCAGCUACUCAGCCAAAGCUGCCUUCCCCUGCUGUGCUAUGCUGUGCUCACAGUCACCUCAUGUGAUUGAGUGCUAUGUGUCUGUUAUUUCUUCUAGUUUCAGUCUGUUUUAUUUGUAUGAAAGCCAAGGAUGCUGUUGUUGUUUUGUUUUUUUUGGUUGUUGUUGUUAUUGUUGACAUCCUGAGAGACGAAACUGCUUUCCCCCGCUGCUAAGCAUCGGAAAGGUGGCACUUUCAUUUUGACUAGCUGAGUUGAGCUGAUGAAGCUUUUUCAGUAUGAACAAAUUGCCCCACACUCCAACUGCACAGACACCUACACACACACACACACAAACACAUUCUCCCUCUCACACACAUGUGCACACACAGAAACAAACACCCUGUCACACACAAAAACACCAGGAGACUGAGAAGCCAGGCCAUCCUCUUUUACUGUAUGUCACUCAUUUAGUGCAUCUCAUCUUAUUCUUAUCACAGUUCCUAGUGUGAUCUACAAUGCCACCUUUGGGUAUUUUAAUAGCACUUUCAUGUAAUGAACUCUCUGGCUUAGCCUCACAAGUCUUCACUAUUUGGCUUACUGAUGUCUCUCUAAAUUGUUCAUGAGAAAGUCUGCGCCGUUUGAGGAUCCCCUCCGGUUAUGUCUGGUUAUGUCACACUCCUGGACACGACUUGUUGCUGCCCUCUGACUCAAAAAGAUUAGCACUGUGCUUCGAUCUUUCCCAUGGUAAAGGAAAUACAGCUGUGUUACUGACAAAUCAAAAGUAUUUCUUGCUGCCACACAGUUACACGCAAAGGGAUUAUAGGGCUCCACUCACAAGAGAAUGUUGUUAUUAAUUAUUAAAGGGAGCAUUUUGUCAUGGUUGUCCCUGCUUCACAUGUGCAAUUCAUGUACUGUAGUGUUUUUUCCAUAUUCUUCACAAACUACUGUUAUUUUGCCUUCCAUUAAUGUUAAAAGGGUGUUUUUAUGUCAUGACACACCUUCCCCCACACCCAUGUCCUUUACUUAGCUUUUAUUGCUAUUUUUUACAAAAUGUAUGAACAAAUCAUGUAUAAAUCAAAGAAAUAAAGGAUUUGCACCAAA